CGUCCCCGGCGUCGCGCGACGGCGCCUGCGCGCUGCGCGGCCGGCGGGGCGCCGGGGGUGGGGCGGGGGCAGGUGUAGCCUCUUUGCCUCCUUGUGCCCUAGCGCCGCCCGGACAUCGCGCGGGCCGCCGGCACCAUGAAGAUCUGGACCUCGGAACACGUCUUUGACCACCCAUGGGAAACCGUUACAACGGCUGCAAUGCAGAAGUACCCGAACCCGAUGAACCCGAGCGUGGUUGGAGUGGACGUGCUGGACAGACACGUGGACCCGUCCGGAAGGCUGCACAGCCACAGGCUGCUGAGCACCGAGUGGGGCCUGCCCUCUGUCGUGAAGUCUAUUAUUGGUGCAGCAAGAACCAAAACAUAUGUGCAAGAACAUUCUGUGGUUGACCCUGUAGAGAGAACCAUGGAGCUCAAAUCUACCAAUAUUUCAUUUACAAAUAUGGUUUCAGUAGAUGAGAGACUCAUAUACAAGCCACAUCCUCAGGACCCAGAAAAAACUGUCUUAACUCAAGAGGCCAUAAUCACUGUGAAAGGAGUCAGCCUGAGCAGCUACCUGGAAGGGCUGAUGGCAAGUACGAUAUCCUCCAAUGCCAAUAAAGGCCGAGAAGCGAUGGAGUGGGUGAUCCAUAGACUCAACGCCGAGAUCGAAGAGCUGGCGGCGUCGGCGAGAGGGAGCAUCAGGGCCCCGAUGGCGGCGGCGGCGUUCGCGGAGAAGUGACGGCGUCCCCGGCGGGCCCAGCUCUCCGGCCGAUGUAUUUAUUUGUUAUUUAAAAGUGCAACUGCAUUUUAGGUAGAAUUUUUUAACAAGCUGGAGUAAGACUAUGACUUAGGUGCAGGGCUGUCAGGACCAUCCGAGGUCGGUACUGUCCAGUGAGUCUCGGUUCUCCGGAGGCGUCUACACUGGAGCUCUGCCCGCUGUGGACCAAGCCCGAGCACAGCGCCGCGCCGCGCCGCGGACCCAGCAGCCUGCGGGAGGGAAUUCACCGAGAGACUCUGCAGUGUAAAGACGCUCAUUUGUGUAAAAUAACUUGCUCUGCCAGAAGCCAGUGUUCUGAUUUGGUACUUAAAUGAUAUUUUUGGAGUGAACAUUUAGCACUGCGAAUAUGACUCCAACGGAAAAUGCGAUUUGCCAAAGUUUUCUUAGUAAAGGUCCUUCUGGAGCGGG